ACUACUGAAUAGUCAAUUUCUGUUUCAUCAGCUGAAGAAUAUAUAUACAUGGCUAUACUACUUCUCAAUUGGUAAUGCCAGCUUAUAUACUCUCUCUUUUCAACAAGUUCUGCUUUGUGUUCGUCUAUGAGUUCCCGAAAUAGCGGCUCCUCCGACAUUCCUAGCUCUGAUCUUCCGAACAAGAUAGAUGAGCAAUUGAAGAAGCAGAAGGAGAUUGAUGACUGGCUUCCCAUAACUUCUUCGAGGAACGCAAAGUGGUGGUACGCGGCUUUCCACAAUGUUACUGCCAUGGUUGGAGCUGGUGUCCUUAGUCUUCCAUAUGCCAUGGCAAAUCUGGGCUGGGGUCCAGGAGUGGCAAUUCUGGUGUUGUCAUGGACCAUCACCUUAUACACCCUUUGGCAAAUGGUUGAGAUGCAUGAGAUGGUUCCUGGGAAAAGGUUUGAUCGAUACCACGAACUCGGUCAGCACGCAUUCGGGGAGAAGCUUGGUCUGUACAUUGUGGUUCCUCAGCAACUAAUUUGUGAAGUAGGUGUAGAUAUAGUCUACAUGGUCACAGGAGGAAAAUCUCUACAGAAAGUCCAUGACUUAGUUUGCAAAAACUGCAAGCCCAUCAAAACAACCUACUUCAUCAUAAUCUUUGCUUCUGUUCACUUUGUACUUGCCCACCUCCCCAACUUCAAUUCCAUCUCUGGAGUCUCUCUGGCAGCAGCUGUCAUGUCUUUGAGCUACUCUACCAUAGCAUGGGCAGCUUCAGUUCACAAGGGUGUUCAGGGACAUGUGGAGUAUGGAUACAAAGCAACAACAGCACCAGGAACAAUGUUCAAUUUCUUUACUGCAUUGGGCGAUGUAGCUUUCGCGUACGCCGGCCACAAUGUGGUGUUGGAGAUUCAAGCAACAAUUCCUUCUACACCUGACAAGCCAUCAAAAGGUCCUAUGUGGAGAGGAGUGAUUAUAGCCUAUCUUGUUGUGGCAUUGUGUUACUUUCCAGUUGCUCUUGUUGGGUACUAUGUGUUUGGCAAUCUAGUUGAAGAUAACAUCCUCAUCUCACUAGAGAAACCUACUUGGCUUAUAGUGAUGGCUAACAUGUUCGUCGUCGUCCAUGUCAUCGGAAGCUAUCAGCUAUAUGCAAUGCCUGUGUUUGACAUGUUAGAAACUCUACUGGUGAAGAAAUUGCAAUUCAGGCCUUCUGCUGCCCUUCGGUUUAUAACGCGCAAUACUUAUGUUGCAUUCACGAUGUUCGUUGCGAUUACAUUUCCUUUCUUUGGGGGUCUUCUCGGAUUCUUUGGAGGAUUUGCUUUCGCUCCAACUACAUACUUUCUUCCUUGCAUCAUGUGGCUCGCAAUCUACAAACCAAAGACAUUCAGCUUAUCUUGGUUUACUAAUUGGAUCUGCAUUAUACUGGGUAUUCUGUUAAUGGUACUAUCACCUAUUGGAGGAUUGAGGAAUAUCAUACUCCAAUCCAAGAACUACAAGUUCUACUCAUAGUCAAUCCUUGCAAAAGAAAGACAAGAUAUGCUAUGAAAUCCAUCAUGCAGUAGAAUGCACAUUUUUUAUCUUAAAUAACAAAGCUUUGUACCAGGGAAGCAGAGUCCAAGAAGUCAUAUAUGUUCCAUGGAACCA